UUCAAAUGUGCAGUGUAGCCUAUCGGAUUUGAUUUAAAGAUCAAAAGGACCAGCAUGUAAAUAAGCAUGGAUGCUUAUGAUUUAUUUAGAAAACUAGGAGCAGGUGCAAAAUUUGACUUCAAUCGGUUUAGAUCUGAUGCAGAAAAGCUACAUAUAUUGAAGCGGAAACAACCAGCUGCCACUACCACUACCAAGAAGAGUCAAAAAGGUGUUCAGCAAGGCUUCAAAAAGAAAGUAAAAUCAGAGGAUUCAGAAACCUCAGAUGAAAGCAGUGGAUCAGAAUCGGAUAGCGAAGUAGAAAUCAAGGCUGCCAGUGGGUCAGACUCAAGUGAAUCUAGUCAAUCUUCUAGUGACUCGGAUGAAGAAGAGGCAGAAACUAUCCGCGAAUCAGGACCAAAAGAUGAGGCUGCACUCAAAUUACUGGGCAAUAUAACAGCAAAAGAUGAUCAGGACAUGAGUAGUUUUAGGACAGCAAGAAAAGCUAAGAAAAAGAAGGUUGUUGAUCCAGCUCAAAAAAUGGCAGACUUGAAACAAGAGCAGGUCAAUCACAGAAGGAAUGUAAAUCGGAUCCAUGCAUAUGGUACAGACAUCCCCGAACCUAUUGAGACAUUCCAGGACUUGAAGUUGCGCUACAACAUCCACUCACGUAUCAUACAAAACAUCGAGAGUGCAGGUUACACCGCACCAACUCCAAUACAGAUGCAAGCAAUACCAGUCAUGCUUAAUAGGCGGGAAAUCAUGGCAUGUGCUCCUACAGGGUCCGGCAAGACAGCAGCCUUCCUGUUACCCAUACUGCACCAUCUGAAGGAACCCAGAAAUGACUGCAUUCGAGCUCUUGUGCUCUCUCCUACUCGAGAACUUGCAAAACAGACAUACAGAGAGUGUCAGCGUCUCUCGGAAGGCAUUGGGUUCCGUAUACUCUACAUUGACAAGAUUGGCAAAGAUUUGCAGAAAGUUCAGAAAGCUACAAAGAAAAUCGACAUCAUGGUGUCCACUCCUAACCGACUCAUAUAUCUGCUGAAACAGACGGAGGCAGUUAUUUCCCUACGCAGUGUGGAGUGGUUUGUGGUUGAUGAGUCUGACAAGCUGUUUGAGGAGGGCAAGACAGGCUUCAGGGAUCAGCUGGCAUUGAUAUACAAGUCCUGUGAUGGGAGUGGUUUACGUCGUGCCAUGUUUAGCGCCACAUUUGCCUACGACGUGGAGGAGUGGUGUAAACUGAACCUCGAUAACGUGGUCCAGGUGUAUGUGGGGGCCAAGAAUGCUGCUACGAAGACCAUUGAGCAGUCACUGCUUUUCUGUGGCGCUGAGACCGGCAAGAUGAUUGCUCUCCGGAACAUCAUCAGACAGGGUAUCCAGCCUCCUGUGUUGGUGUUUGUACAGUCCAAGGAGCGCGCCAAGGAGCUGUUCCAUGAGCUGAUAUAUGACGGGAUGAACGUAGAUGUCAUCCAUGCCGACCGCACACAGACACAGAGGGACAACGUCAUCAAAUGUUUCCGCUCGGGAAAGAUCUGGAUAUUGAUCUGUACAGAGUUGAUGGGUCGUGGUAUCGAUUUCAAGGGAGUUAACCUUGUCAUAAACUAUGAUUUCCCGAACAGCGCCAUUAGCUACAUUCAUAGAAUAGGUCGCACGGGCAGAGCUGGUAGGACAGGCAAGGCCAUCACAUUCUUCACAGAGGAUGAUGCCAUCUACCUGAGGAGUAUAGCCAAUGUUAUGAGGACGGCGGGCUGCCCUGUACCAGAUUACAUGCUAAAAAUUAACCAGCCUAACAGGCGCGACAGAAAGGUUCUGUCCAAGGGAGCUAUCAGGAGACCUCAGAUUUCUACGAUGACCAAAUAUGACCAGCAGAAACAGAGGCAUAAGAAACAGGUGAUUCAAGAUAGCAGACGGAAGAAGCAGCAGCAGCAAUCAGGUGACCCAUCACACCUAUUAAAGCCUAAGCUAAAACAGCCACAAGAAACUGCCAGGAGUGAAACAAGUGGUCAACAAACUGACAAGAAAAGUUUUGUGACAGACACUAAUGGAAAGAAAGCCAAAAAGAGGAAGUUCGAUGCCGAUGCUGGCAAAAAUAAUACUGACGGUGCUAAGAAACACAAACACAUGCCUGAAUCUGCAAAACUUGUUCAGCUCAAGUACAAGAAAAAGUGGAAAGAACAACGAAUCAGUAGUAAGAAAUUCGAAAAUAAAACUAAAGGAUCAAAGAAAGGUGGAAAUCCAGGUGCAAAGGCAUAAGCAUGACACAGUGUUUGACAAUUUGUUUACAUAGUGUCAGAAUGAAAAAAUCUUAGGUUUGUCACAGCAUUUGGUUUCGAAGUCUUACAUAUACGUUUUUAUGCCCCCGGAUCGAUAGAUCGUGGGUAUAUUGUUUUUGUCCUGUCUGUCUGUCAUUCUGUCCAAGACUUUAACCUUGGUUAAAGUUUGAUAACUUUUGCAAUAUUGAACAUACCAACUUGAUAUUUACCAUGCAUGUGUAUCUCAUGGAGCUGCUCAUUUUGAGUGGUGAAAAGUCAAGGUCAAGGUCAUCCUUCAAAGUCAAAGGUCAAAUAUCAUUGUAUUUUUCUUUCCUAAAACUUUAACCUUCGUUUAACAUAAUUUUUUUAAUAUUGAACACAGCAACUUCAUAUUUGGCAUGCAUGUGUAUCUCGUGGAGCUGCACAUUUUGAGUGGUGAAAGGUCAAGGUCAUCCUUCAAGGUCAAAGGUCAAAAAUAAAAAAUCAUUUCUCCAAUCAAUCUCUUACUUACUUCUCGUGGAGCUGCACAUUUUCAGUGGUGAAAGGUCAAGGUCAUCCUUCAAGGUCAAAUAUCAUUCUAUUUUUCUUUCCUAAAACUUUAACCUUCGUUUAAGUUUUGUCAUAACUUUUUUAAUAUUAAACACAGCAACUUCAUAUUUGGCAUGCAUGUCUCGUGGAGCUGCACAUUUUGAGUGGUGAAAGGUCAAUGUCAUCCGUCAAGGUCAAAGGUAAAAAAAGAUGCGGCGCAUUAGGGGACAUUGUGUUUCUGACAAAUACAUCUCUUGUUUCAUUUGUUUUGGGAUGUACAUAUAAAAAAUUGAGCUGUAUUGUAUGUUUGUAAAAGCCUGAAUUGGCCAUUAAAACAACAAUGAUUCAAUCUACGACAUUUGCUUUACUUACUAAAAUUGCUUGGAUGUUUUUUUAUUUUUUAAUGUCUAAAAAAUGUAUGGUAUUUUUAGUUCUGGCAAUUAAAUGUUUUAUCAACAUCAUUAAGCAGUCAGACAUUUUUGAUAAUUUAUUUUCAUAAAUAUUUGCAUGCUACACCUUGCAUUUCUGAGUAGCUUACUUUGCUCAUGUUUAUGUUCCUGUUAUCUUCCUUUGCCUUCCCUGCAACUGCUUUACUAGUUAUGCCAGUGGGAGGCAUUGACUGAGAAUUUCAGAAAGGAAAUUUGUCUGUUAUGAGUUUCUCUUAUAUCUUUUGUGUUUGAUACUGACCAUUUUCUUUGUUCAAUCGUUAAACCGAAAAUAAACGAAAUUCUAUACAGA